AUGGCUAUCGCAAAGAACUUACCAUUAUUGAAGAACCACUUCAGAAAACACUGGCAAGAAAGAGUCAGAGUCCACUUUGACCAAGCUGGUAAGAAGGCUUCAAGAAGACAAUCUAGAUUGAGAAAGGCUGCCAAGAUUGCCCCAAAGCCAAUCGACAGUUUGAGACCAGUCGUUAGAGCUCCAACGAUCAAAUACAACAGAAAAGUCAGAGCUGGAAGAGGUUUCACUUUGGCUGAAAUCAAAGCUGUUGGUUUGACUCCAAAAUACGCCAGAACCAUUGGUAUCUCAGUUGACCACAGAAGACAAAACAAGAGUCAAGAAACUUUUGAAACCAAUGUCCAAAGAUUGAAGGAAUACAAGUCCAAAUUGGUUAUCUUUGACAAGAAGACCAAGGCUUCCGAAGCUGUUUCUUACGAACAAGUCUCCACCUCCGCUACUUUCCCAAUUGAACAACCAGCUAUUGAACAAGGUACCAGAGCUGUUGAAGUCCCAGAGCAAUCUGCUUACAGAACUUUGAGAUUGGCUAGAAACGAAAAGAAGUACAAGGGUAUUAGAGAAAAGAGAGCUAAGGAGAAGGCUGAAGCUGAAGCUGAAAAGGCCAAGAAGUAA